UCUCUCUCUCUGUUCUCUCUCCCUCUCCUUCUCUCCUAUCUCUGUGUUUAAGUCACAUUAUAUGGGAUUCUGUUCUUUUGGGACUUCGUCAUCUUUUCCACUAUGUCCUGGGACCUCCGGAGCGGUGACAGGGAUGUUAAGGACACAGUCAGUGGAUUCUCGUGACUGUACUAAUGAAAGGAUUCAAGCUCUCCUGCACUGCCAGUAACUCCAACCGCAGCACGCCGGCCUGCUCCCCCAUCCUCCGGAAGCGGUCCGGCUCGCCAACACCACAGAACCAGGACGGAGAGACCAUGGUGGAGAAGGGCUCAGACCACUCCUCCGACAAGUCCCCAUCCACCCCGGAGCAGGGUGUGCAACGCAGUUGCUCUUCACAAUCUGGUCGGAGUGGUGGUAAAAAUUCCAAGAAAAGCCAGAGUUGGUACAAUGUGCUAAGCCCCACUUAUAAGCAGAGAAAUGAAGACUUCAGAAAGCUCUUUAAGCAACUUCCAGACACGGAGCGCCUCAUUGUUGAUUACUCAUGUGCACUCCAAAGAGACAUUCUUCUUCAGGGCCGACUCUACCUCUCAGAAAACUGGAUCUGCUUCUACAGCAACAUCUUCCGAUGGGAAACUCUGCUGACAGUCCGUUUGAAAGAUAUCUGCUCCAUGACUAAGGAGAAAACAGCUCGCCUCAUUCCCAAUGCCAUACAAGUCUGUACUGAUUCAGAAAAGCACUUUUUUACUUCAUUCGGGGCCCGGGAUAGGACAUACAUGAUGAUGUUCCGACUCUGGCAGAAUGCUCUCCUUGAAAAGCCCCUAUGCCCCAAGGAGCUCUGGCACUUUGUCCACCAGUGCUAUGGGAAUGAGCUGGGUCUAACCAGUGAUGAUGAGGACUAUGUGCCUCCAGACGAUGACUUCAACACAAUGGGCUACUGUGAAGAGAUCCCUGUAGAAGAGAAUGAAGUGAAUGACAGCUCAUCCAAAAGCAGCAUAGAGACCAAGCCUGAUGCCAGCCCACAGCUGCCCAAGAAGUCCAUCACCAACAGCACACUGACCUCGACGGGAAGCAGUGAAGCACCUGUCUCGUUUGAUGGUUUGCCGCUGGAGGAAGAGGUGAUGGAGGGUGAUGGGUCCCUGGAGAAGGAGCUUGCCAUUGACAACAUCAUAGGAGAGAAGAUUGAGAUCAUUGCGCCAGUGACCUCCCCUUCACUGGACUUCAAUGACAAUGAGGAUAUCCCCACCGAGCUCAGUGACUCUUCAGAUACCCACGAUGAAGGAGAAGUCCAGGCCUUCUAUGAGGACUUGAGUGGAAGACAGUAUGUGAACGAGGUCUUCAACUUCAGCGUGGACAAACUCUAUGACCUGCUGUUCACCAACUCACCCUUCCUCCGGGACUUCAUGGAGCAGCGGCGCUUCUCUGAUAUCAUCUUCCACCCAUGGAAAAAGGAGGAGAAUGGAAACCAGAGCCGUGUGAUCCUCUACACCAUUACCCUUACCAAUCCCCUGGCUCCCAAAACCGCCACUGUCAGGGAGACACAGACCAUGUACAAAGCGAGUCAGGAGAGUGAAUGCUACGUGAUAGAUGCUGAAGUCCUCACCCACGACGUGCCAUACCAUGAUUACUUCUACACCAUCAAUCGCUACACGCUCACCCGCGUGGCUAGGAACAAGAGUCGGCUCAGGGUCUCCACAGAGCUCCGCUAUCGAAAACAGCCCUGGGGGUUUGUAAAAACUUUCAUUGAGAAGAACUUCUGGAGUGGAUUGGAGGACUACUUUCGCCAUUUAGAGUCUGAGCUAACCAAAACAGAGAGUACCUACCUGGCUGAAAUGCACAGACAGUCACCCAAGGAGAAGGCCAAUAAGUCUUCAGCAGUCCGGAGGAGGAAGCGUCCCCAUGCCCACCUGCGGGUACCUCACCUGGAAGAGGUGAUGAGCCCUGUCACCACACCCACUGAUGAAGAUGUGGGCCACAGGAUCAAGCACGUGGCAGGUUCCACGCAGACGCGGCAUAUCCCCGAGGACACUCCCAGCGGUUUUCACCUACAGAGUGUGUCCAAGCUGCUGCUGGUUAUCAGCUGUGUUCUGGUGCUGCUGGUCAUCCUUAACAUGAUGCUCUUUUACAAGCUGUGGAUGCUGGAGUACACCACACAGACCCUGACUGCCUGGCAGGGCCUUAGGCUACAGGAAAGGUUACCCCAGUCUCAGACAGAAUGGGCCCAGCUAUUAGAAUCCCAACAAAAGUACCACGAUACUGAGCUCCAGAAGUGGAGGGAGAUCAUCAAAUCCUCAGUGAUGCUCCUCGACCAGAUGAAGGACUCACUCAUCAAUCUUCAGAAUGGCAUCAGGUCCCGAGACUACACGACCGAAAGUGACGAGAAGAGGAACCGCUAUCAUUGACAAGGCAGGACCAGGGGUGGCUGCCAGAGGCCUGUGCAAUACAUGUACAUAGACCCUAUAAAUAUAUAUAAAUAUAUAUAUAUA